UCGAGUGGGUCAUCACCAUUGUCAUCUAUCCAGUUAAGCCAGGCAUCAUCAUAGUUGCAAAGUUUACUAGCAGUAGCUGCUGUUUGAAUUAUUUACACUUCUAUUGAAGAAAUGUUCUUCACAAUUUUUCAAAAAAAUUUAUAAACGUGACUUAUGAUUUAGAAAAUUACAAAAAUGAAGAGUAGCUCAUAUUGUGCAAUUGUGUUUCUAUUGGGAUUUAUGCUAACACUAACAUACGCAACAAUUGGACGUGAAAAUGUGUGUCGUACCGUACCGUUAAAGAAUUGUACCUUUGUUAAUGACAAUGCCACUCUUUGUGGAAACAUUCCAACAUGUUCCGUCCCAUACGACGAAUUCGUCACGAACGCCCGUCUGAUGGAUGGGAAUGCUCCCCGUGUCGAAAUGUCAUUCCCUUCAUGGGCAAAUUACAAACUUUUGCAGCGUGGCCAACGCUUUGUACAAGAUCACUGGUUCAGCUUCAGUCUUGCCGCGGACAUGGGACGGAUGGCGAACAUGGUUAAUGCGGAUAUUCGAGACGUCGCGAUGUACACGGGAGCAAUGUCAACUUCACCGGUCGGGUGUGCAAAAAUAUUGGCGUCAUUUGGCGCCAAGACGAUGACCUGGGCUCAAGACCUUCAAGUUGCCCCACCCACCAUACCAUGGAACUCGGACUUUCUCCAAAGUGUAAACCGAAUUCGAUGGAUUCAUAUCAAACUUUCCCGCGACCUUUUGUCCCGUUACCGCUUAACCGGCGUUACCUCGAUCGUUGACCCCGCCACUUAUGAAAACAUCACGACCAAUGACAUCGUUUGGGAUGCUUUCCACCAGGAUUUAGUAGACUCUAAAAUUCCCGCUGAAUCCAGACUAGCCCCACCAAUUGUGUCUGAAGGGGACCCUUCCUCAAUCCCAUUUUUUAAUCAGCAAUCCCUCGCCUACUUUCAGUUCAACGCCUUCACGUAUCCAAUCCUCAUGGGAAAAACGUUCGGAAUUGGGGCCGUAUCAGAGGACGAUUUGUGGGCGUAUAACCACUUAUCCGCCGUUAUCGGGUAUACGUUCGGCUUGGAUGACAAGUACAAUGUGGCGAUACAGCCAAACAUGUCUUCCUUGAGGGAAUACUAUUCGAAAAUUUAUGACGGGAUGGUGAUUCCCAGUUUGUUCCAUAUCAAUAAAAAGACUAAAGUCACGGUGGAAAAUAUUUUAGUGGCGACCCGAAUUCACACGCCUGCCUGGACUUUACAGCUUUACCUUUACCGAAUUGCUACCCUCUUGGCGAACGUGCCCGCACCAAAUUUAGCCAAACUGUUUAACGAUCAGGAUAAAUAUCAUGACAAUAAUUUGAGAACCAACGUGCUGCCAAAAUUAUUAGUAAAUCCGGCAUUUCGACGAGAGACGAAUACGAAAGCGAUAAAUGAUCUGAUUAAAAUUGGACGAGUUUAUUAUGGAAAUAAUUACACGACCCAAUACGGUCGAGCCAGGGAUACAUUUCUUACACCGAUUAGGAAUGUCUGAAGCAGAAUAUGGCCAGAUUGAUGCAUAUUCGAAAUCAAUCAUAUCUUAUCAAGACGGAUUCGAUUGGUACAAAAAUACAUAUAUUUAUAUCUCACUUUGGUAUAUAAAUAUGCGCAUGCGUAAGACUUAUUAAUUGACAUUAAUUAUUACAAAAUCAUUGUACAAUAUUUGUCUUUAUUUAUCUACAUUCAUCGCAGUCCAAUCGUUUCUUAAUUGAAUAACAUUUAUGCACAAAUCGUA